AUGGUGCCAACACCCCCUCGGCCAUGCAAGCCUCGUGUGUCCCUUCAAAAUGCACCAGUCCCACGCAAAACUGGCCGUCGUCAGGAGCAUGCUCGAGGUUGGUCUGAAAAAUGCUGUUCUCGUGGCGGCGCCCAGUGCGCCGGACAUCGUCGAUUGGCCGGAGAUAAAGUAGUCACUCCAUGGCGACUGUCAUUGCAAACGAUUCGGCAGAACGCUUGUCGAGCGAUCGACUUGACUUGUCUCAAUGACGAGUUCGUAGCUUGGCGCGGAGAAUGGCAGCACUCGCUGAUGAUGUCGAUUACGACGCCGGCAACUCAUUUUGAGAAUGUACCAAGUCGACUGUCUGAUGCUGGGGAUCAUGACAACUAUUAUGGCAGACGACUUCGGACUAGAUGCGUUCUACCAAGUCGCCUUGACAACAAGACGAAGUUGCGACAAGGAGGUCAACCAACAUUUCUUCUUUAUGAAAUGUCGGCCAGAGGGCCUCGGUCAGUCAGCAAGUAG